CUCUUACUCUCCAUGUGGCGUUCUUCAGUCUCAGCCUCGACCAUAACCGUGCCACAUAACAGUAAGGCACUCAGCCCGACCGAUUAAUCCGCCAGCCAAUAAUAUGGGCGACUAUUAACAUAUCAAGUGAGUAUCAGUAAUGGGUAAUUAUAUAGCAGAUAUUACUAGAUUUAUUUACCAGUCAAAUUACAGUAUUACACUAGCAGUUCUCUUUUUGGCUGUCACCAGCAGAGGGCGCUAUACAUUUACAACGAGCAUUAUCACUCUCCAGAGUAUCAACGAUGAUGCACAUACAUGCGCAGUCACUUUCCAGUUGAGUGUCUUGUCUUCAUUAUAUAUUUGAGGGAUCAACUUAAUGAAUGUGUCUAUCGUUAUCGCUCUCUCUAAACAGAUCAAACAUAGAUGUUAGAAAGACAUAGGCCAAUAUAUCGGUCUCUAGUUUUUUUUCUCAAAGCGAUAUUGGCCCCAACAAUGUUGUAGCGGUCGGGCCCUAUCACUCACAUAAAACAAACAAUUGAGAACACACAGAUGUAAUCCUGCAGACAAAUCAUUACAGAAACAUGAAACACAUUUAAAGCUCCAGCAUGUUGAUGAGAAGAUUAAAAAAAACUACAAACUUUUUCUACCAAUUAAUUUCCAACAAUUUCAUAGUUUCAUAAUUUUUUUUAUUAACACUUGAAAGAACACCCGCUCUUUGCUCAGUGCAUGAUGACACGUCUUCCUGCGCACCAUGACCAGGUCCAAACAAUGAAACUUCAAAAUGUUUUUUCACUCUUACGAAACUCUACCAGAAAGAAGAACUGCAGCUCAUGUUAUCUUCCUGUCUGUAAAACCAAACCGCACACACUGUGACCACGAUUCUCCCCCUGCCUGUCACAUAAGGUGUGCAUUAAAGAAAAUCUGAAAUUUGGUCAAAUAAUGGAGGAACAGCUGACAUACACGACGGUGACUUUCAAGGCUAGAAAUGAGGUUUCUACACUUGAGAAACCAAAUGAGCUGGAAAUAAUCUAUGAUGAAAUCAAAGUUAAGGAGCAGACAGGAAGAAGGAAAGCUUGGCUGUGUCUUCCGUCUCAUCUCGUGGCUGCAGCUUUGGGGAUCAUUUGUGUCGUCUUGGCAUCAUACAUCAUCAUCCUCAAAAUCCAAUUCUACACGAUCAUGUCGGAGCGGCUCAGAGAAAAAAACAACCUAACAGCUCUGAGUCAGCAGCUGUGGUCCGAGAAGGACGACCUACAGAGAAAAACACAAGAGCUGACCAGAGAGAGAGACGGACUCAACUGGACCCUAGGAGUCAUCAUGGAGUACGAGACGUUUCCAGUGAAUACCUUCUGCCUACAGAAUGUGUGUAAACCUUGUCUGGACAACUGGGUGCUGUUUCAGUCAAACUGUUAUCUAUUUAGGAAUUCUGAAAGUUCCUGGAAAUGGAGUACCUGGAUUAAGAGUCAAGAAGAAUGCCAAAAAUUUACUGCAGAUCUGGUGGUGAUAGAAAGCCAGGAAGAACAGGAAUUCAUCAAUAACCACACAGAGGUGUAUCAUGAUGACAUCCACGGCUACUGGAUUGGCUUGAGAAAAGAGGACUGGACGGAGUCCUGGAUGUGGUUAGAUGGAAGCAACCUUACUGCGGUGUAUUGGAGGGCACAACCAGCCAACAACAGACUGAAUUGUGCUUUAACCUCGCCGCAUGGAGAUCCCCAGGCCAAGUGGCGGAAAACAAGCUGUGAUAUGCGGAACCGCUUCAUCUGUGAAACCAGAGCCUUGAUCAAACAGGACGAAGAAGAAGCAGCGUUCGCGUAGAGAUUUCAAUUUAUAAGAAAGUUUUACAACUUUUUUUUAACUCAAAGCUAAAAAGCAUACUGUUGUAGUCUGUCCGUUCUCCUGUUUUCUUUUUAAAUAAAGAUGUAAACACA